GAGUUCGGCGUCUUCAGCAUCGAUGAGCCUACCCCACAACUGCUCUGGAUGGCGUGACGCAAUAAGACGGAAAAUCACACCCUACUAACCGAAAUGUUCUCUUCUCCGCAGAAGGUGGGUUGAAGAUCGUUCGGCCAAACGGCGAAACGGCUAAACAUGCCCGAAACACACACACCACCUGAGUCACUGAAGAAAGGGGGAUAAACAAAUUGUGCUAGAACCUCAAACCGGACGAAGAUUCUUACACCCUCAGGAGUUUGUGGUUCACUAUGGCCUCAAGUCAAGACGAGAAGUCGCUCCCUAAACUAACAACUAACCCGGAUUAUGACUUGACAACCGCCAUCGACCCAAACGGGGUCGGUUUACGCCAGAAACUGACUUCCUAUGGAGAUGCGCACUUCUCACUCUUCAUGCGCAAGCUGUUCAUCAAGGCAAUGGGUUAUAGCGAGGAUGCCCUCUCUCGACCUAUCGUGGGCAUCGUCAACACAUACUCGAGCUUCAACCCCUGCCACGCCAACAUCCCCCAACUCAUCGAUGCGGUAAAGAGGGGUGUCCAACUGAACGGAGGACUCGCGAUCGACUUCCCAACUAUCAGCCUGCACGAGUCCUUCGCUGCGCCUACAAGCAUGUAUCUACGGAACCUGAUGAGCAUGGACACCGAAGAGAUGAUCCGAGCGCAACCUGUUGACUCGGUUGUUUUGAUAGGAGGCUGUGAUAAAACUACCCCAGCUCAGCUAAUGGGUGGAAUAUCAGCCAACAAGCCGAUCAUUCACCUUGUCACGGGCCCUAUGAUGCCAGGUAGUCACCAGGGGGUGAGAGUUGGGGCUUGCACCGACUGCAGGAGCAACUGGGCAAAGUUUCGAGCCGGUGCCAUCGACAUUGAGGAUAUCUCUGCUCUGAACGACGAGCUUGCACCAACCGCUGGUACUUGCGGCGUCAUGGGUACCGCAAGCACGAUGGCCUGCCUGCUUGUUGCGCUUGGCAUGAUGCCCAUCCAGGGAGCAACGGCACCUGCGGUGUCCUCUGCUCGCCUACGCAUAGCCGAGUCCACUGGCGCCCACGCGGUUCAGCUGACCAAGUCUCGCCUCCAACCGCAAGCCAUUCUCUCGCGGGAAUCCUUCCUCAACGCCAUCACUGUCCUCCAAGCUAUUGGAGGCUCUACCAACGCCAUGGUUCAUCUGAUGGCCAUAGUCAACCGCCACCCAGCCCUCGCAGGAAGCAUAACCCCUGCCACCGUCGACUCCAUCGGCCGGAACACCCCCCUCCUCCUCGACCUCAAACCCAGCGGGGAGAACUACAUGACGGACUUCCACAACGCCGGCGGCAUGCUCGCCCUCCUGCACCAGCUCAAGCCUCUCCUCCACCUGGACGCCCUCACCGUGACAGGCCGCACCCUCGGAGACGAGCUCACGCACACGCCCUUCCGCCCCCUCCCCCUCGACAGCCUCGCGAAUUGCAUCCGGCCGCUGCACGACCCGCUCUACCCCUCUUCCGCGCUAGUCGUCCUGAAGCACGGCAACCUCUCCCCGGGCGGCGCGGCCGUCCUCAAGGCGAGCGCGUCUAAGGACAGGCGGCUGCUCCGGCACCGAGGCCGGGCGGUGGUUUUCGACGGGUCCGCGGACUUGGCGGCGCGCAUCGACGACCCGGACCUGGACGUCGAUGCGGACAGCGUGCUGAUCCUGAGGGGCAUCGGGCCCAUUGGCAACCCGGGCAUGCCCGAGGCGGGGCUGAUCCCGAUCCCGCGCAAGCUGGCGGCGCGGGGGGUGCUGGAUAUGCUGCGCAUCUCGGACGGCCGCAUGAGUGGCACGGCCGGCGGGACGAUUGUGCUGCAUGUCUCCCCCGAGGGGGCGGAUCCCGGGUCGGUGUUGGGCGUUGUUAGGGACGGGGAUGUGGUCGUGUGUGACGUGGAAGAGAGGGCGUUGAGUUUGGAGGUCGACGAGGGGGAGAUCCAGGAGAGAAUUGAGCGAAGACGGCGGGAGAUGGCCGGCAAAGGCGAUGAACCGUGGGUGGCCCGGGAAGGGGCCAGGGGGUAUCACGGCUUGUAUAUGCGGGAAGUGAAUCAAGCGGAGCAUGGAGUAGACUUUGGCUUUCUGACUGCUGACGGUCCUCGGGCCGCGAUUAAGGGAGCCGAAACCGCCAGUGCCUAAGUGGUAGACAUUGAGGCCUCUUGGGGGCUCUGAGUUUGGGAGACGAACGGGAGAAGUUGAAGGUCGGCUCUCCGCUAAUUACGUAGAUGCCAACCUAAACGUAUUGACGAAGA